AUGAGUCGCGUUCGUACCAAGACUGUCAAGAAGGCUUCCCGAGUGCUCAUCGAGAAGUACUACACUCGCAUGACCAACGACUUCCACAACAACAAGCGCGUCUGUGACGAGGUGGCCAUCAUUGGAAGCAAGCCGCUCAGAAACAAGAUCGCCGGGUAAGAACGUGAAAGGGUCUUUGACAAAAUUGUAUUUUAUCGAAAGUUACCGAGUUUCUAGCGCAUAAUUGGAGGUAUUCCGAAAAAUCGGAAAAUAACUGCCCUCGCUUACUUGUUAGAGCGUCCUAAAUCCAGCAUUUAAUAAUUAAUGAUUGUUAGACCUUAUAAUCGGGUUCCCAGGUAUCUAUAAUUGAAGUGUACCCUUGAAAGACCUAGUUAGACUGCUUUUUUGUAGCAUCAACUGAUUGAAAGUCUGAAAUAGAAGACGAACAGAGUCCCAGCUGACGAGCACUUGCCGAAAGAAAUAAUUUGCGCGCUGCUAAACAACAAACUCAUCUCGGUAGUCUUUCAGAUACAUCACCCACUUGAUGAGACGUAUCGAGAGAGGACCGGUCAGAGGCAUCUCGAUCAAGCUGCAGGAGGAGGAGCGCGAGCGCAGAGACAACUACAUGCCGGAGGUCUCGACUGUCGAUCCAUCCCAGCUCAUCUCGAUCAAGGUCGAUUCGGACACCAAUGACAUGCUCAAGGCUGCCGUAAGUUUCACUUUUCGCUCAUUUUAAGAUCCGGGAGCACCGGGGGUUGCGUCAGCAGCUCCUGUGCCGCUCUCGGAUCGACCAUAGUUCGGUAUGUCGAGGCGUUACCGAACAAUUUAAAUAGAAGAAAAUCCUCGUAACUCGACUCUUUGCAGGGAUUCAACCUGGCCAACGUGACCGUUGAGGACCAAGGAAAGAACAAGGGAAAGUAA